AACACUAUUAAUGCCAUGGUAUGGCUCUACAAGAAAUUCAUCCUGUACUUCUUUAGAGCCAAAUGGGAAUAUAUCAGGGAAAUACAGAAUAUCACUAAACUAUUCAAUAAUACCUACCCUGUCUGUGACAAAUCUGCUAGUUCAAAGUCUGUAGUAGACUUUACUGGAAAUCUAUCUCUCAAAGGGGCUGCUGGUCUGUACUACUUGGCUGAAUUAGUAGAAGAAUAUACAAGGAUAGCAAAGAGAGUGAUUUGGUGGAUGAACUCUGUUACACUAGGGUUGUAUAUACUACUAUGGAUAUGUGAAAAUUUUCCAUUGCCUAUUAUAAUUUGUGGAAUAUUAGCACAGCUUUCUCAUUAUGUGAUACUGAGAAAUUUUCCCUUUGUUUCCUUCUUAUCAUUAGAAUUCUUAGCAGCUGUUGUUUUUAUUAUAGUCAACCAUUACCUGGCUUUUAGUCACUUCACAUCUGUGUAUCAUCCUUUCUCAGAGGUGAUGGCAUAUUUUACCUUAUUCUUAUGGUUGGUACCAUUUGCCCUUUUUGUGUCAUUAUCUGCAAAUGAUAAUGUUCUACCUACGAGUAUAGAUGGAAGAGAAGCUGAUGUAGUGUCAAGUUAUUUCUCAAAAAGAAACAAGAAAUAUGGAUUGCUCACUUUCUUCAACUAUGCGAAAGAAUCGGUAUUACCGGUAAGGACAAAAAAGGGAUUUUGAUUGUGAUCAAAGAACUGAUGAAUUAUUUCAAUGGUAUAAUAUGUAAAGUACCAUUUUGUGGAAUGUCAAAAUGUGAUGGAAAAACAAGGUUUCUUACUGAUA